GGUGCCAAUUUCUUUUUCGCACAUUAUUUCUGUCACACCGCAGUCGGCUGUACGGGAGAUCUAAGCAGAGUCUUCGGAGAGCUCCGGGAGGACAGUAUUUGGAGAGCAUGUCGCUGAUUUUGCGCACCGUGCAGCCACUUCACAAUUCAUCCGAUGGCUUACUUCGCUCUCUCUGUUUUUUUUAGAUGUCGGGCAUGCUCUAACAUUUUGGACUGACCGGAACUUUGGCUGAAUUAUCUGUCGUUUUUUUACAGGGACUCAUAUCGUGGAUCGGUUUGAGGCGUUACAGCCGAAGAGACAUGAGUGCUGGAAAACUUCUGCGCCUCAGGAUGGACGUACCUGUCUUCAUUUUGCUUAUCCACCUCACUCAGACUGAGAUGAGAGCUCUCUUGGGCAACAAUCAGGAAGUCGAUGAUAGAUGCCCACUCGGCCAUUUCCCAUGUGGGAACAUGAGUGACUGCCUCCCACAGGCUCUGCAGUGUAACGGACACAAAGACUGUCCCAAUGGAGCUGACGAGCGCCGCUGUUGGGACAACUACGGCUGGGCGGACUCAUUUGGUCGUACACUACAGGAUGCCAAACAUGUGGAACAGUACCUCCUAAAUGAGUGUUUGUUGCAGGAGUAUCCGGAGAGUUGUGACUGCAAACAGACAGAUGUGGUGUGUGUGGAGGUCAACCUGCAGGAUGUUCCUCGGCUCUCUCCUAACGUUACCUGGCUGUCACUGAGGAGAAAUGAGAUUCGAGUGUUGUCUGAUUUAGUUUUCUCAGAAUACUCUUACCUAGAGAGACUGUAUCUGCAAAACAACAGCCUCCAGUUCAUAUCCAAACACGCCUUCAGCGGCUUGUACAGUUUGAAGAGGUUGUUUAUCAGUGAAAACUUGAUAUCCUCCCUGAGUCCCGGUGUGUUCAGUGAUCUCCAUCAAUUACAGUGGCUGAUUUUGGAUCAUAACCCACUGAGCAUCCUGUCCCAGGACACUUUCACCGGGCUCCAGUCCCUCACAUACCUAUCCAUGGUGGGCACCGCGCUGCAGCAGCUCCCACACCCCAGCUUCUGUCAACACAUGCCUGCCUUGGACUGGCUGGAUCUUGAAGGAAACCAGAUUCAAACUCUCAACCACUCAAUCUUGAAGUCCUGCAGCAAGCUUGAAGUCCUAAUUAUGAUGGACAACAGGAUCCGAAGAAUUCCUGAAAACACUUUCCAGUCUUUGUGGAAACUGGCUGACCUAAAUCUAUCCAGCAACAAGAUCAGGGAGUUGCCGAAAAACACAUUUAAGAGCCUCUCCAAGUCCCUCCUGAAACUAAACAUCUCCCACAAUCCCCUUCUCCACAUUCAUCCCAGCCACUUCAACCACCUGACACAUCUUCAAUCCCUGGCUCUGGAGGGGAUGGAGAUCCCAGGAAUUCAGACGAAGAUGUUUCUGCCUAUGAAGAACCUCUCCCACAUCUCUCUGUCUUUCUCCCCCGUUUCUUCUGCUUCCACUUUCUUUUUUUAUAUACUCCUUUUCUCUGUCAGCUACUUCAAGACAUUCCAGUACUGCUCCUAUGCACCUCAUGUCAGGUCCUGUAAGCCCAACACGGACGGCAUCUCGUCCUUUGAGGACCUGCUGGCUAACGUAGUGCUGCGGGUGUCUGUCUGGGUGAUGGCCUUCAUCACCUGCUUCGGAAACCUCUUUGUCAUCUGCAUGAGGUCACUGAUACGAGCGGAGAACAACCUGCACGCUGCCUGCAUCAAAGUCCUCUGCUGUGCAGACUGCCUCAUGGGUGUGUACCUGUUUUUUGUUGGAGUGUUUGAUGUGAAAUUUCGCGGUCAGUACAAUCGUAACGCCCUGAUCUGGAUGGAGAGUGUUGAGUGUCGGACCAUUGGAUUCCUGGCCAUGCUCUCCUCAGAGGUGUCUGUUCUCCUCCUCACCUACCUGACUCUAGAAAGGUUCUUGGUCAUUGUCUUCCCCUUCAGCAAUCUGCGCCCAGGCAAACUUCAGACUGUGGUGGUCCUGGCCUCUAUCUGGCUCCUGGGGUUUAUAAUUGCGGCUGUGCCCCUAAUGAAUGAAGACGUCUUUGGAAACUACUAUGGACGUAAUGGGGUCUGCUUUCCCCUGCACUCUGACAGGCAAGAAAAACCUACUGCCAAAGGAUAUUCAACAGCGAUUUUUCUGGGUCUGAACCUGGUGGCCUUCCUGGUGAUCGCCUUCUCUUACUCCAGCAUGUUCUACUCCAUCUAUAAAACCGGAGUCAAUGCCACAGACUUGAGGAGCAGACUGCACAGAGAUGUGGCGGUGGCCAACAGAUUUUUCUUCAUAGUGUUCUCUGAUGCCCUCUGCUGGAUCCCCAUUUUUAUGAUCAAAGUCUUCUCACUAUUGGAUGUGGAGAUGCCUGGCACCAUCUCCAGCUGGGUAGUCAUCCUCAUCCUCCCCAUCAACAGUGCUCUGAACCCCAUCCUGUACACCCUGACCACCAGCUUCUUCAGAGAGCAGGUGGAAGUCUUACUCUGUCGUUGGCAGAGGAGACACAUCUUAAAAAAAGACCGCAAAUGCCUAACUUCCUCCACAAUCUACAUGGAGUCCGGGCGGCCUCCUUGCUACCAGCCACCCCCCUACCUCCAGCAGGUGUCUCUGACGGGCGCAGAUCCCCGCUACGCCUGAGGGAAGCAGAAUCUGUCACAGCACUUUGUAAAUUACUGGUCAAGGGCCACUUGCUGCUUAUCUUUAUGCUCCUGUAUGACAAUAGCACUGUUUUAAUGAGACUGGCAGGAACUGGAGCAGGAUUAACAAUCACUGAUCUGUCUCAUCAUUAGGGUCGGAUUUAUUUAAAAAAUGCUAACAUUUCAACCUUUUUGUUAAAAGGGUGUACAUGUUGCUCAAAGUCCCUUCCACAUGUGGGCACACAGCCCGGGAUCAAACCAGCAACCUUUCAAUGUUUUAUUGAACCUCUGUACAACUUCAGCUGAGUUGCACCCAUGCUUGCCUGCUUAUGUGGCACCUACAUAAUAUGUUGUUCCAAGUAAGGAUACCGUAAAGUGGAGACAAAAAUGGCUGAAAGAAUAAAUACCAGCAUGUAGUGCUGCCGCCCCGAGGCAGGCACAAUGAACUUUAAGUGUCUUAAGUCUCACAAGAAAAGUGCUUUAUGUACUCUUAUUGAACAAAUAUAUCAGAUUUUGCACUCAUCCCUGAUCAGAUUAUGGAGGUAGAGCAGAAGAGCGACUCCACUUCGAGCGAUAGAACUAUUAACAAAGCACUUAUAUACUAAUAAAGGACUGGCUUAUCUAAAGCCAGUUGAGUAGCACUUGAAAUGUUGUUGCUCUAUGAAACCUGAUGUACUUAUAUGAUUCUGUUUUCUUCAAGUUUGUAUUUUGUUGGUCGAACGCAUUUAGUGUAAGUCGCUUUGGAUAAAAGCGUCAGCUAAAUGCAAUGUAAAAGAGAAAGCUGGGAGAAAGACACAAUUUUCUCCAAGCUGACUUAGGGAUGCAGCUUAUUGAGUCACAGAUGCUUAUAAGACACUGACCAAGAAAUGUUUUCAUGGAUAAAUGGUUUCUAUCAAAACAAAAAACAGAAAUGAUUGGAUUGGACUUUUCUUUGACUGGUCUUGGAUUGCAUAAACUAAAUCAGUUUUUUGCACAUCAGCAGUUGCAUUUGGCUUGUUUUGUGAUCAUGCAACAUUUUAAAAUGAAUGCAACAAAUUAAAUGUAAUUCAUAAAAUAAACCAGACAAUGAAAUGUUCAAUUGCACAAAUAAUAAUAAUUGUUGACUCAUAACAUGAUAUAUCUGAUAAUAUUUUUAAAAUAAUAUUAACUUUUAACUAAUUUGCUACAGGUUUGUAGUGAAUGGGAUGAGAAAGACAACUUGAACUGGACUUUUCCAUUUGAAUUGGAAAAUGAAAUUGCCAUUGAGAUUUUUAUUGACUUUUAUGCACUUUAAAUACGAGAGAACCCAGUCAAUGGGAGAGAAAGGGAUUAAACCGUCGACAAUCACUAAAUGAUCCGCAUCAGCUUUGUGUAGCAGCUAUCUUCCUGUUCCCGACACAUGUAUGUUUCAAUGUAAAUGUGUGUUAUAUGAAUGUUUCCUUAAUUGUUUAUUAUUAAAUGCCAUUUUUUUUACUGCAUGUACAGUAUUUGUUCUGACUAAUAAUGAAGCAAAACCAAUAUGCUGCCAUAUCUUGAAACAAUGAAAUCAAACCUUUAUUGUUCAGACGUCCUGAAUAACCCUGACCCUGACCUGGACUAGAUUAAACGUUUGGUUGAAGCAUGCCCAUAGGAGGGAUUUGAUCUGUUUAAUUUAGAUUGGUUGCCUCUGUGCUUGAGACUUUGUUUAAUGUCUCUAUUUCUACUUUUUUAUACUGAUAUGUUAUAUGAUAUGCCUUUUGUUGUUGUUGCCUUUUAACAGUUGUUUUGACAAUCAUCAAAAAUUCAGAUAAUAGAAAAACUAGAAGAGAGAGUUGUACUUAUUUGUAGAGUUAUAUGUCAAGGAGUAGAACCCCCAUAGGAAAUAAGGACUAUAAUUUCCUAUCAUGCUGUGCAUAUGCAUAUAUAUUUUGUACAGUAGAGUUCUCAGUGUAUGUUCUGUAUACAUUGUAUAUAAUUGUGCAACAAACGAUCCAAAAAGUUGUUCUCCUGAGUCUUUAAUCAGCUUUUGCAAAAGAGACACAGAGCACAAGGUCUCUACAGCAGUCUGCUUUUAUAUAUGGAGUUACACGUGCUCAGCCAUGAGAUAAUUCACCCAUGACUUUGUCAAUGUUCAUUCCCUAAGUGGCUAUGUGUUAACCUGAUUGUUGACAUACCCAAAUAAUCAUAUCUCAACUAGAUUGAUACAUUUUUGGGGGGGAUGUCAGGCUCUAAUACUAUUAUUAUUUCACUAGGAUUAUUCAGUUUUCUUUUUGAAUUUCCAAUUCAUAUGUGUUUGUUGGAGUCAGGUUUGUGAACUAUUUGUUUAUUGGU